AUGAUUGUGGGCGAGUCCAUCACGCACGGCUGGGAAGGCGACUAUACGUGGAGGUCCCGUCUGUGGGAGUGGUUCCAGACAACGGGUGUCAAUGUCGACUUCGUAGGGCCGUAUACUGGCACCAAGCUUCCAGUUGACGAUGCGAAGAAACCUAUCAGGUCGCCCAAGCAGAGUGAUGACACUCUAAUUACGAUGACUCCUGAUAAUGACGGGGGAUAUGCAGCGGACGUUUCGCCUGAUUUCGAUAAUAAUCACUGUGCCGUCUGGGGCCGCCAGAUAGAAAAAGUCAAGGCGAGAUCAGGAGCAAACUUUCGUCGACAAUGCACGCGCGGCAAACACCCCAAUCUGAAGUUCGCUCUGGCCAAUGUCCCGCAGCGGUCUCUUAUAAAAGGGAGUGAGGAUAUUCCCAUCAAGACGGACCAGUACAAUGAGCUUCUAGCCGCUGCGAUUCUGAAGUGGAGUUCGGAAGUGUCUCCUGUGAAGUUAGUUCAGCUUAGGGAGAACUACAGUUCUCAAGUCAAGCCGAUGCAUGAACAACCAGUCCCAUCUAGGCGAGCCAGAACCACGACGGCCUGCACCCAAACGCAAUGGGCGAAUACCAAAUCGCGCAAUCCUUCAGCCAAUAAAGUCCUCUCCAUCCCAAACUACAUGCCCGAACGACCCUGCGCCGCGCCCCUGAAAUUGCGCGCGGAGCCAGCAGCCGAGGCGACAAAUGUCACCUGGGACACGUUGUACGGCGCGUUCUACGGCGCGUUCGGGUACGAUCUGCAGACGCGGAAGGCAGGGGAGAAUUGGCGCCACUUCUCGUUUUCGAGUCUGACGAACCAUUAUGAGACGGUGUGGACGGUCGAUGGGAAGAGAUGGGAUUUUAGAGUGAGGACAAUGUGUGGGGAGGGGAUUGAUUCCGAGUGGUCCGAGGUGGUGUCGGCUACUGGGGUGAAAGGGGGGGCGGGUUCGAAUUCGAGGUAG